CGUCCACCCACACCCAAUCCCUCUUAUCUCUUUCUUUCCUUGCCAUGUCUACCACCCAACAGCUUUUGGAAGAAGCGCAGUCGGCUGCAUCGACAGACACGAAGCGCGCAGAGGCAAUAUACAAGGGUAUUCUUAGUGCAGCUGCCACCACCGCCUCUAACCAUGUCUCGGAGGAACGAGAUCAGUCUUUACGAGACCAGGAGACUGCGUUGGUAAAGCUUGGAGAGCUUUACCGCGACAACCAAAAUGCAGCAGGCUUAGCCGAAGUCAUCACGCUAUCCCGCUCGUUCAUGUCAUCGACUGCCAAGGCGAAAACCGCCAAACUGAUCCGCACCCUGCUCGAUUUCUUCAAUCACAUCCCCAACAGCCAACAGACGCAAAUAGCUGUGCUAAAUGAGAAUAUUGAGUGGGCGAAGAACGAGAAGCGUGUCUUCUUGAAGCAGAGUCUUCAGACGCGCCUUGCCAGCCUUCAACUCGAUAUACAGCAGUACAAGGCUGCACUCGCGCUCAUUGACAAUCUCCUGACGGAAUUGAAGCGGCUGGACGACAAGAUGAUCUUGACAGAAGUUCACCUAUUGGAAUCACGUGUAUAUCGCGGCAUCGGAAACUUUCCCAAAGCUAAAGCUGCACUCACGUCGGCUCGCACCGCCGCCAAUUCUAUCUACUGCCCACCUCACCUCCAAGCUGCUCUCGACCUUCAUUCCGGCAUUCUCCACGCUGAGGAUCACGACUAUACCACCGCGUACUCAUAUUUCUUCGAAACAUUCGAGAGCUUGAGCGCCCAGGAUGACCCUUCGGCACUUGGCGCACUGAAGUAUAUGCUCCUUUGCAAAGUAAUGCUGAACUUGCCUGAGGAUGUCACCUCUCUCCUUUCUGUCAAAUUUGCCCUCAAAUACGCCCAGCUCCGUGAUGUUGAGAGUAUGCGAGCGGUUGCACGCGCACAUCAGAAUCGCAACCUUGCGGACUUCGAGAAGGCGCUGCGUGACUAUCGGGAAGAACUUUCUUCUGAUCCGACUAUCCGUUCGCAUCUGGCGGCUCUUUAUGAUACCCUUUUGGAGCAAAACCUGUUGCGAAUCGUAGAGCCCUAUUCCGUUGUUGAGGUUGAAUAUGUCGCGCAGCAGGUCGGCCAAGGUCGACAGGCAGUUGAGGCAAAGCUAUCACAGAUGAUCUUGGACAAAGUUUUCCAUGGUGUGCUCGAUCAGGGCCGUGGGUGCUUGCUUGUGUUUGAUGAACCAGAAGCGGAUAAUACCUAUGGUGCCGCGAUCGAUACGCUAGAGCAGGUCAGCAAGGUCGUCGAUUCGUUGUAUGCCAAGACGGUAAAAAUAGCAUAGUGCUGUGACUUGAAAUCAAUAUCUUUCCAGUUUGUAUAUUAGAUGUAUACAACAGGAUGCUGUGC